ACAGGAUUAGUGAAUCCGAUAAUCUCGACACCAGCGUUACUAAAAAAUUUUCUUACACGUUACUCGAUUGGAUAUUUCGGAAAGACGUAAUACGCGCUUAGAUACAAACAUGGCAGACAACAAAAAACGAAGUCGACAACCCGAUUUUUCUCAUCGAGAAACAGAGUACUUAAUGGAAUUAAUCGAAAAAUACAAAAAUAUAAUCGAAUCAAAGGAGACGAAUGCCAUAUCCUUAAAGAAAAAAAAUGAAACGUGGCAAAUUCUAACCGAAGAAUUUAAUAAGUUUCCGGAGGUUAGUAAACGAGACACAAAAAACUUGAAAGUUUUUUGGAAAAAUUUAAAACAAAAAGCAAGAAAAGAUGUGGCAUCAAAUAAGCGAGCACGGAUGAGUACUGGAGGAGGAAUAUGUGCCGAUAUCGAGUGUCCAAUGCCACCAAUUACGCAACAAAUUUUCUCCUUAAUCCCCGAGCAAUUUACGCCUCUCUCAAAUCCUGUUGACAGCGAUGCUGAUUUUAAUGUCCCUGUCGAAGAUAAUGUUGUGGCCGAAUUUCCUGCAUUACUGCAACAGCAAUCAGGAGAAUCAAAUAGUGAAACUUUGAAUGCAUCAAAUGUACUCAUACAGGAUUUAUAUCUAGUGAAUCCAUCUGAAUUUUCUGAUGAUCCAACAACUAAUGAACCACCACCCAAUAAUAAUCGUCGCAGUAAUUUUAAAAUUGUUGAUAAAUAUGCACUAGAAUAUCACAAAGCUCGAAUGCAUUUUUUAAAAGAAGAACAUAGAGCUAAAAUGAAUUUUAUGAAGGAAGAAGAUUUAAGAAGAAAGAGAGAGCAUGACUAUAGAAUUGAACUCCUACAAGAAGAAAAAAGAGAACAACAAUUAAAAAUAGAACUACUGCAAGAAAAAUUAAAAAGCAUUAAAAAAUAGUCUUAUUAAUAAAUUUAAUUUUUAUAGUUAUUUUGUUGAAAAUUAUUUAUAAUUUUUAUUCAAUAAUUUAUUCUAAUUACACAUUCAAAUAUAAUGAAAGUGAUACAGAAUUCUUUCAGAGGUCCAAACUAAUAUUGAAUGGGAUUUUUUGACUUAGCAUGAUAACAUAUUAACAAUUAAUAGACUAAUGUAAUGAUUAAAAAUUUAAAUUAACAUUUUAAAGGAAAAGAAACAAAAGG